AUGAAUAAUACUCAUCGUCAUGUUGAUAAUGGUUUACUAUCUCCUGUGACACCUCAAUUCCGAGCUCCCCGUGGUCCUAUUGUACUAUGUCAUGGAUUAUAUGGAUUUGAUCGUAUGGGACCAGAAUUACUACCUUCUUUACAAGUGCAUUAUUGGAAUGGAAUUGAAAAAGCACUUUGUGAUUUAGGUGCCAAGGUCAUUAUCACUCGAGUUCCUAAAGCAGAUACUAUUUCUAACCGUGCCUAUGCUUUACAUUCUAUCAUGUCCUCCUUUAUGUCAAAUCAACAAAUCAACUUUAUUGCUCAUUCAAUGGGUGGAUUGGAUUGUCGUUAUUUAUUAUCACACAUCAAACAUCGGUCAUAUCAAGUAUCUUCUUUAUCUACUGUAUGUACCCCUCAUCGUGGAUCACCUGUGAUGGAUUGGUUUAGAGAAAAAGUUGGUAUUGGACAAUAUCCACCUUCAUCUUCUUAUGUUUCAACAACGUCAUCUUGUAUGAUGAGUGAUUUUUCAUCCGGUGUUUUACGACGAAGUGAAGAAGACGAAUCCCCUAUUACAUCAACAAAUACGAUAAAUCAUGAAACAUCACAACAACAGCAACAACAACAAAUCUUUCGUCUUUUAGUCCAAUGGUUUGAUAACCCAGCUUAUAGCAACUUAACCACAGAUUAUUGUACUCAACAUUUCAAUCCAUCAACACCAGAUGAUCCUUCCGUCUCAUAUUAUUCUUAUACUGCUAAAUCAACACCAAGCCAAUGGUCUUCCCUUUUGGAUUUACCUGGUCAUUUUAUACAACAAGUGGAAGGCGAUAAUGAUGGUGUGGUUAGUGUUCAAAGUGGUCAAUGGGGUCAACAUGUCAAAACAAUCGAAGAUGCUGAUCAUUGGGAUUUCACAGGAAAAAGGUAA